AUGGACGAGAAGAAGCAACUCAGUAUCUCUAACCUGUUCACGUCAAACAGGGACGACGGGGGAAGGGGGAACCAAAAUAAAGGACGUGCUGGUGGAGAUGACAAAAGGGUUAUCAUAGAUCGGGAGAGGAAGCAAUCAAUCUGGUCGCUGUUCACCCAGGUGGAUGCUUCCGCGGGAGAUGCAAGGAAAAGGAGCGAAGAUGGAGAUGAUGCUACGGGUGGCGACAUCUCACCUGUAGACGUAUUUUUCACCCCAAGAAAUGCACCACGGGGGAGGCAGGAGAAGGGGAAAGAGGCAGACAAGGGGGCAAAUUGCCGCGAAGGAAGCCAAACGGAUCGCCCCUCUGCUGCCAGUGGGGCCAGGCCAGGCCUGUUCAGAAACGUACACGAAAAUGAGGAUAUUAAGAAAGAAAUAGAAAACAUAACUAGCAACUUCAAACGGAAGAACAACAUUUUACUUGGAGACAAAACUGAUGACGGUGUACUGAAUAGCAUUAUCUCAAGGAAGAGGACAAAAAUGAACAUCGACGGGAGCCAUCUGGCUGCGUGUUUCACUCCCCCAGCGGCAAGCUCCUCCGUGUCCUACAACGCAUACAAGGAGUUCUUUGGAAAGGGGACCUCUAACCAAAAUUUGACGGAUGAAAAAAAAGUGAUCGACAAAAAGACGCUCCUAGACGAUUUAGCAGAAAAUAAAACAAGGUACAAAAUAAAGAAUGAUAAUGUGAUGAACCGGAUGAAGGAGGAGACAAGUGAAGCAAACCAGGGCAGCAAUUGGAAAAACGAAGAAGAAGAAAAAAAAAAUCACACAUGUAUUCUGAAGAAGAAAAAUGUGUGCGUCCCAGUAAAUAUAGUAAACCAAAAUAAUCAUCAACAUGUUAUAAAAAUGAGAAAAGCACAUCAAAUUUUAUUUAAAAAGGAUAACUUUAAUAUUUUUCACCACCUAGGAGAUGACCUAUUCAGGUAUAUAAUAUCAAAUGUACAGAAUAAAAAUUUGCUCCUCUUGAAUAAAAGGUUUAGAGACCUAAUUCGUUGUCUCAGAUUGAAACUCAUUCAUGAUGUAACAUUAAAAAAUACCAUUCCUCCUGAAAGUAUUAUAAAAACAGUAUACACAUCACAAAAUUUGGAAGUGCUUGACCUAUCAGGGUGUUCUCAUCUCUCCUCUCACCAUUUUCAUUUAUUUUGUAAUUCUAAUAAUAUUAAAUUUGAUAGGACCCUGAAAGUCUUGUCAUUACAUAGCUGUACCAGAAUUACUGAUUCAAGUUUGAAGAUUCUUCUUCAUCGAUUUAAGUACCUCUCCAUUGUGGACAUUCGUAAUUGCUACAAAAUUAGUCAUGAGGGAAUAUACCCCUUGAAAUUCAAAAGUGGUUUGGUUAAAUUGUACCUUGGAAAUACAACCUCCUCUUCUACAGUGUCCAAUUAUCACUCUGAUAAUACUUUACGUGUGCUCUUUACAUCUGUGCCUCCUCCAUCAGGAGAAUCUAUUACUCCACGUAUUUCUACCCAUGGUGCUGAAAUGAAUGAACAAAUUAAUAUCCCUCUCAAAUCACUUUCCUGCUUUGAAAUUACCAAUGCGAAACAGCUGAGCGACAUUUCGUAUCUCUGUAUCAUUUCGAGGAACCUCAAGGUACUUAGCCUCCGAGGGUGCAACAUUGAUGACACGGUGGCCGUCUUUUUCAAAUGCUUCACUAACCUCAUCGCUUUAAAUGUAGCAGACACCAAGGUGUCCAAUGAGGUCAUCAAAACGGUCUGUGAUCACUCACCAAAAAUGAGGAUCCUCGAUAUUUCCAAAACGGUAGAAGUCCACAACGACACCAUCUUGACCGUCGCCAGAACUCUCAAGCGCCUCCGGAAGAUUAAGGUGUCCUCCUUGCAGAACGUGGACAACUUCUCCGUUCGGGAAUUCCUCAAACACUGCAGGGACCUCGUAGCAUUUGAUUUCUCCUGCUGCUGGAAAGUUAAUAACUCCUUUUGUCACGUGAACGGACUGGACGUCGCGUCAGGGCCCAAGUUGACGGAUGUGGGCGUCUACCAGUGCUCAGUCGACCGCAGGGCCUGCGAAGGGGCCCUCACGGAAGUCGGCUGCUCCUCCGUGCGCGUGCACAUAUACAAUGAGCUGAAAAUAUUUGAGACAUCCAUUUACGCGGACGUGGACGCACUGGAUCAGGGCGAUUAA